CUCGUGUCUAGUUGGCUGCACAUUAUCACUUCAUGUGACUUUGUGCCACUGUAAGAAUCUUACUGUAAUCCUUUCUAGAAGGGAUUUGCCUUCACACAACUGUUGUAGAGAGAGGUAGCUAGGUGAGACAUGUGGACUUUUAUUAAGUAAAUUAUUUACAAAAAUAUUUUCCUUUUUAAAUAUCCAUGCGUGAAGACGAUCACCUGGCAGAUAUUCAUGCAAGCAAUUCUAUUUCUGAAGGGACCCCUGGCAUUCAGGUCAUGCUCUUUGUCUCUGCAGGUGACUUCGUGAUGGGAGGCUGCCAAGUCACCAGACGGCGCAGUAAUACGAAUAAGACGUCAGCUUGAAGGCUAGAUGGCUGUGAGCGUGUCUAUAAAUCCAAUGUGAUCAACCCUCACUGUGAUGCUCCUUAUUCUCCACAUCAUAAAUCAGAUGUUACACACCUUUGAACUGCAACUAGAGAUGGAGUGCAACCUGUGAAGCAUUAACAGGAAGCAGCGCACAAGGAAUCACAGGUCUUGGAAUUUUUAUUUUGGUGACAAAAAAUGGGGCGUUCAUCUUUGUUCUUCGUUACACUGUCUCUCUUUUCACUUGGAUGUCUUAUUCAAACUUCACAUUCACUGGACAACUCCGAUUCGGUCCGAGUAACCCGAAGCACGGACAGGAACAGCAAUGCCACUGACAGCUUGGCCGGGGAAGUAAUCUUCCAUUCAGAAAGCAGCAGUGACUCCGUGGAAGGCAGUGGACAUAAUGUCGACAGUGUAACAUCACAGAAACUCAUCAAUAAGACAAAGGAACAUGAGCCAGCCAGCAAUGAAAACCAUUCUGGGUCUGGAAAAACUUUAACUACAACCCUGGAGCUUAUUCUACACCACUUACAGGCUCAUGACCAAGGAGCUGACAAAGCUAAUACUUCAAUUACAGGACACACCCACUCCAGUGUACACAUCGUCUCAGAGGAAGCUUUCUCGGAAGGCAGCCACAUAACAAGUGAGGAACAGUUCAAAGAGAGUCAUACAUCCAUAGUAAAUGAUGAGUCUCUGGAUGGUGGGGAAGUCUCUGAACUCCCUGUCCAAACUUAUGUGUUUACUGCUGUGACGAACCAGGACCCGUCAGGACCUGGAAGUCCCUGUUUCCUUGGUCUUAGACCUUGUGUUGUUCUUAAAAACUUAAAUGGCACCAGUCUGCUCUGGGAUGACAUGAGCCGCACACUGGCAUUUGCCUGGGAAAUACAUGUUUUUGGAUCUGCCAGCCUUUUCAUAUUGAUGGCAGUCCUGGCGCUUUUGGGAAUGGCUGGUGCAUGCACUCUUCCUCAUCCCCUCUGUGAUUCCCUGACCCUGGCGAAUAGCCUCCUAAUUAUAGGUGGUACUUUACGUGGUGUCCUCCUUCUACUUGAUCCUUAUGGCACCCGUCAAAUCCUGUCUCGUGCUACUCUGGCUGCGUUCCAUAACAUUCCUCUCCAGCUUCUUCUGUGGGCACAGGUCGCCCUCGCUCUGGUCACACUCAGAGGGUUGAAAUUACUACUUUUUCCACUAAAGCUGCAGAGCCCAUGGGUGGUUGGAGGGCUGGCUGUAUCACAUUGCACCGCAUUACUUAUAGCAGACCUACACUCCUCAAUUUUAUCCCCUGCUCUCCCUCUGUUGCUACAGACCCUCUCCCUCUGCUGGGGCCUCCCAUUCUGCAUGGGAAUAAUCACCAAGUCUCUUUCUCACCUACAACCCUUCCUCAGGUCCUCUGUACCUCAGUGGUUUCCUUCACAGAUGAUUGAGAAGCGAGCAAAGCGGGUAGCAGCAGUGUGUGCCUUCCUCGGGGUGCUCUGCUGCAGCCUUCAGAUGUAUAGUCUCCUCUGGCUUUAUGGGUUACUGGGGAACUGGAGGCGCUUUGGCUGGGGCUGGUGGCUCAGUCAGUUUUGGGCAAGAAUCCUUGAGUUAGCCUGGGGAUUCUCUUUGCUUGUCCUUGGAUCUUGGCUCUUCUGGCUUCCCUCUAGGGGUAAUUCAAGGGGUGAUAAUGGACAGGGCAGAAGUGAUGUGUCUAAAGGGGUGGAGGAGAAAAGCUUGUGGGGUAGGGUCUUGGCCACUGUACGAAAAGGGCCACUAAGAAAAUCAGAGAAAACAUGGGAAGGCCUGAUGCCAAAUAACUGGGCAAAAUAUAACCUGUCUCGAGCAGCUAUCAGCAACAAUGUAAUGUGCCAGUAUGAUGAUCAGCCAUCUACCAUUAUAACCGAAUACAAGCCUGAUCCUGUUAGCAAUAGCAGCUCUGACUCCCAGGCUGCACUGCUGUGGCAAAAAGUUGGGGAACAUGAAUGUGUCCUUUCACUUAUAGAAUUCGACAUGCGGCCCCCAUCUCCUAUUAACCUCAGGCGCAGCAUUGACAAUGCCCUUCAUCACGGACAGCUUGUAGCAGGAGGUCUGUUCACACCUCCACCUCCCUCUUGGACUCACACCGUGAUCACAAACACCAGUGAUGGAGAUGGUGGCACAACAAUAUUACCUCCAGCUUAUGUCGGCUAUGGGUGGAUGUUGGAUACUGAGUCCAUUUCUGCAUCUCUUGACCAUUUCCAAGCCAAAGAGCCAAUACAGUCACCCAGUGCUACAGCGGAUUAUAAUGGUAGCAUUGGGUCACCAACCACUGUAUAUCAGGGAGAAGAGUUAAAUUCAGCGCUCUCAGCGGUCAUGCAUCAGCAUGACUGGUCUGAUGAUGAUGUCACAGACCUCUAAGCUUAUGUCCCUUACAUGAGGAGCGACUUGUACUAUUUUAAUCAUCUGACCUCGAUGAAAAGGCAUAAUCACAUAUUGUGAACAGUAAUGCUCUUGAAAGACAAGGCCUCAUCUAAGUAAAAACUGAUAUUGAUUACUGAUCACUAAUAUUAUCUUGAAAGUAAUUGAACAACCCUACAGUAUCACACAGAUCCUCCUUGAUUUUAUAAGAUGUGUCUGCUUUGGAAAAGAUAAGGCUUUGACUUUCAUCAGAUCUUGAUAUAUUUUCAUGUUCAUGUGUUAAACAUUUAACUGCAUGGAAAUGGUAGGAGCAAGGUGCAAAUGACAAUAUUUUAUUCCUAGUGGAUGUUAUGAGCAUUUCAACAUUAGACUUUUAUAAUGCUUGUUUCUAUAUGUCAAUGUUAUGCAGGACAUACCAGUUUUCAGACAGUAUGUUGAAAAUUUUAAUCGCAGCUCUCCUGUUUACAUCAGAUUAGUGUAGAAACCUCACUGGUUAAAAGUCAGGUGAGCAUUUAUUAUUUGUUAUCUAUGGUAAUGUGCAAAACUUUACAUGAUUUGAUGUUUUCCUUUUCUUGUUUCUAAAUAAAGUGAC